AUGGGGUGCAGUGGGAGAUACUAUUUGCUGACUCUGGUUUUGUGCGUUGUGACUGAACUUGCGAUUGGUGUUAGAGUCGUGUCUAAGAGAAAGAAAGAAGCUAUAAGCACUGCAGACGACCAAUCGACUUCAGCAUCAUGGUGGCAAGCUGGUACUGCUACACCAUUCCGCAGCGACAGCUCUAACAACCCAUUCUCGUCGACCCAUGGCCUCGUACAGACCCAUCCAUCGGGCAGCGAUCCCUUUUCUUCAUUUGGAGGUGUAGGCAGUACUUCUAGACCAUCAUCUAACCCAUUUGCCACAAGCGGCAGCGGUCCGUUGAGCAGUGGAGUUAGAGAUAAUCCUCUGCCGCUUUUAGCCAGAAAUGCUAAUGGAAAAGUGUCUCUAAAACAUCUGGACUUCACCAGUAGUGCAACAGCUGAAUUGAGAAGGAACCCGGCUCUGUCAGCUCCUGAUGAAUGCGCCCGAGCCUGCAGGGAAAACGAACCACCGAGAAUUUGCUACUACCACUUCACUUUGGAAUUGUACACUGUUUUGGGAGCGGCUUGUCAGGUGUGCACACCGAACGCGACUAAUGUAGUAUGGUCUCAUUGCCAAUGCGUUUUGGCUGAUGGUGUUGAGCGAGGAAUUCUUACUGCAAACAGAAUGUUACCUGGGCCAUCUAUCCAAGUGUGUGAAAAUGACAAGGUCGUCAUUGAUGUAGAAAAUCAUAUGGAGGGUAUGGAAGUAACUAUCCAUUGGCACGGAAUCUGGCAGAGAGGUACCCAGUACUACGAUGGAGUACCGUUUGUGACGCAAUGCCCCAUUCAACAGGGAAAUACGUUUAGAUAUCAGUGGCAAGGAAAUGCUGGUACCCACUUUUGGCAUGCUCAUACAGGACUUCAGAAACUUGAUGGAUUAUACGGCAGUAUCGUUGUAAGGCAGCCACCUUCUAAGGAUCCCAACAGCCACCUCUACGAUUACGACUUGACAACCCACGUCAUGCUCCUCAGUGAUUGGUUGCACGAGGACGCCGCUGAGAGAUACCCUGGCCGUCUGGCUGUCAACACCGGACAAGAUCCUGAAAAUGUGCUAAUCAACGGCAAAGGUCAAUUCAGAGACCCCAACACAGGCUUUAUGACAAACACACCUCUUGAAGUAUUCACAAUCACGCCUGGCAGAAGAUACAGAUUUAGGAUGAUCAAUGCUUUUGCUUCAGUGUGUCCUGCUCAAGUGACUUUUGAAGGUCAUAAUUUAACCGUUAUUGCAACUGACGGAGAACCAGUACAUCCAGUGCAAGUAAACACUAUCAUCUCGUUCUCAGGCGAACGGUACGACUUUGUAAUUGAAGCGAAUAACAUUCCUGGAGCCUACUGGAUUCAAGUCCGUGGUCUCGGGGAGUGCGGCAUUAAACGAGCACAACAGUUAGGAAUCCUUAGAUACGCAAGAGGACCUUAUCAACCAUCUUCACAAACACCUACUUACGACGUCGGCAUCCCUCAAGGAGUGGUGAUGAAUCCAUUGGAUGCCAGGUGUAAUGUAUCAAGAAAUGACGCUUUUUGCAUUAGUCAACUCAAGAAUGCCAGGCACAUUGAUCCCGCCAUCCUUCAAGAAAGACCUGAUGUUAAAAUCUUCUUGCCUUUCCGUUUCUUCGUUUAUAGACCCGAAAUGUUGUUCCAACCGAACACCUAUAACCGUUAUUUAGUUGCUCCUCAAGGAGAUCACGUAAUAAGUUUGGUUGACGAAAUUUCAUACAUGGCACCACCAGCGCCACUGAUUAGUCAAUAUGAUGAUAUCAAUCCUGAGCAAUUCUGUAACGGUGAUAACAGACCAGCCAAUUGCGGACAAAAUUGCAUGUGUACUCACAAAGUAGACGUACCUCUAAAUGCAGUUGUGGAAGUUGUAUUGGUAGAUGAAGUUCAAAUCGCAAACUUGUCUCACCCGUUCCACUUGCACGGUUACGCUUUCAACGUGAUCGGUAUCGGUCGCUCACCCGACACUAACGUGAAGAAGAUUAAUUUGAAACACGCGCUUGACCUCGACAGAAGAGGCCUGCUUGAGCGCCACCUGAAACAAGGGGACCUCCCAACGGCGAAGGACACUAUCGCUGUCCCCAAUAAUGGCUACGUCAUCAUCCGUUUUAGAGCCAAUAACCCUGGUUUCUGGCUAUUCCACUGUCACUUCCUUUUCCACAUUGUUAUCGGCAUGAGCCUUGUCCUGCAAGUAGGAACACAGGCUGAUUUACCACCCGUCCCUCCAAACUUCCCGACGUGCGGCGACCAUCUUCCUCCCAUCUCUCUCCACUAA